AUGGAGACUGAACCGAGUGCCACGGGAGCGUCGAGCAGUUCUGUUCGGGAGGAACGCAUGAAAACGGCGUUUGCACUCACUGCUGAAGAUCGUGCUGAGUUACCGAUUCGAAGGAUUUCAGCUGUUUCAUUUAUUAUUGUCAUGCUUGUGUUCGGUGUACCGUUGUGGUGGCAAACAACUUCGACAUAUCGCGUUCCUUUUUCCGUUUUCUCGCCUCAUCAACAAAUAAUUUUGCCGGUGCAUAUAACUGUGGCUUGUUCGUUUUCCUCGACGAAGCAGUAUGUUGAAAGGGCUGCAGCUGAUCUUCUGCGUAGUUUGUCUGAGCUUCCGAAAAUCGACCAGCUACGUCUCAUAUUUAAACUGCGUUAUGAAGACACGGAUGAGGGAAUCUUAUCAAAGAACGAACUGGAAAAACCUGGCCUGUUUGGAGUGCAUGUUGCUGUAAUUGACGAGGCAGUAUGGCCAUAUUCUGGAAAUCGCAUUUAUUUUGACAACGAUUGGGCAUACGUACUGAACUCUGUAGAAAAAACAGAGCUUGCGGAUCGUAUGCUGACAGCGAUAAGUGAUGUUCUUCUUGAUACAAGCCAUCUCUCAGCAAUCGUGAGGCGUGAUUUGAAGCAGCGAAUGCAGCUGCAGGAAGUCGUUGCACUAUCACCCAGUCAACAGAAGCGUUUGAUUUGGGAUUCGGCAGCACUGAGCGCUCAUUAUAUUGUGCAAAUUAUUUUUGUACAUAUCGGUAUCAAUGAAACCAGUGCGAGUGGCUCCUUGGAGGAUGUAGUUUUGAAUGCACGUCGAUUUGGCGCAAAACUGUUCGAGGUAACAGAGCUGAGCAUAAGUUCAGAGCAUCUCUGGGAUUUUGAUCUAACUCCGUGGAUGAAGAAGGACGUGCAGGAGCGGUGGACUAUUCAUAUAGAAGAUAUAUCACAAAUUGUCACUGCUAUCGAACGAGAAACAAGUACAGUGGAGUCGUGGGCACCGGUAAUGAAAUUUGUGGUACUGGACGCACCGCAGUCAGUUGUUCUUCUCGAUCAUAUGGGCGACGAUAGCUAUGGAAUUGUUGUGGCAUCCUGGGGAGCUAUACUGUGUGGUGGCGGCCAGGGGCAUUUUGCUAUCAGUCAGUCAAUGAUCGGUGCCAUGCGCGUUCUUUUUGGCCUGGACACCGAGAUACCCGCAGCAGCGAGUCGUGCUCCCAUGCCCGUUGCAAAUUGGGAAAUUGGCCGUUUGAAGUUGCGUUCAUUUAUUGACAGCUCAAUAAAUGCUAUUUCUUCGGUGGCUGGUAAGGCAGACCAAGCAGUGCAGCUCGUUUCAGGAGCUUUGCGGACCGCUCAGGAGACUGGUGUUGUGGAAGUUCGGCGAGCCGUGCAAGGCCGAGCUUUGGCCGAGAGUGCCCUCAAUGAUAAAAGCCUGCUGGCUCUGCUCUAUUUCCCGAACGACCAGAAGUUCGCCAUCUACCUCCCUCUGUUCUUGCCCACUUUGCUGCCAAUGUUCACUUCCAUUCUGGCAUUGUACAAGUACGUGCUCGGCAAGGAGUAG